CGCACAUCCGGGUCCCGGCGCUGGCCCCGCCGGCGCCGCCGCGCCGCUGUCCCCUCCGCGGGUGCCGCAUAAAGUUUUGUUGAGAGCGGGCGGCAGAGGCCCAACCGCCGCCUCCAGCUUUAACGGACGGAGGCCGGGAGGCCGCCUCGCUUCGCGCCGGAGCUAAGUUGGAAGAGUUGAUUGUUAUUUUUGAAGUGAAGACUUCAUCACUGACGUCUAUAUGUUUAUUUGUCAGCGUCCAAGAAGUAAUACAGCUUACCAGUGGCAAUAACUGCCUUUGGUAUACACUGACAUUUAUUUGAAAACAAGAAUUAACAAAAAAAAGGCAAAACCCAACGAGUCUUUUGAAGACGUGUGUCAAAUGACGUCAAUGGCCAGUUUGUUCUCCUUUACUAGCCCAGCUGUAAAGCGUCUGUUGGGCUGGAAACAAGGAGAUGAAGAGGAAAAAUGGGCAGAAAAAGCUGUCGAUGCUUUGGUAAAAAAGCUGAAAAAGAAAAAAGGUGCUAUGGAAGAACUGGAGAAAGCUUUGAGCAGUCCAGGACAGCCCAGCAAGUGUGUUACCAUCCCUCGUUCUUUAGAUGGACGACUUCAGGUUUCUCACAGAAAAGGCCUUCCCCACGUAAUUUACUGUCGUGUCUGGCGUUGGCCUGAUCUACAAAGCCAUCACGAGCUGAAGCCAUUGGAUAUUUGUGAGUUUCCUUUUGGAUCUAAACAGAAGGAAGUCUGCAUCAAUCCUUACCACUAUAAGAGGGUGGAGAGCCCAGUUCUACCUCCAGUGUUAGUGCCUAGACACAGUGAAUUCAAUCCACAGCACAGUCUACUCGUUCAGUUCAGGAACCUAAGCCACAAUGAACCACACAUGCCACAUAAUGCGACGUUUCCAGAUUCCUUCCAGCAGCCCAACAGCACUCCAUUUUCCAUUUCACCAAACAGUCCCUAUCCACCUUCUCCAGCCAGCAGCACUUACCCAAGCUCCCCAGCUAGCUCUGGACCAUCUAGUCCAUUUCAGCUACCUGCUGAUACUCCACCUCCUGCAUAUAUGCCCCCUGAUGAUCAAAUGGGGCAGGAUAACUCUCAGUCUAUGGACACAAGCAAUACAAUGAUCCCUCAAAUCAUGCCAAAUAUAUCUACCAGAGAUGUUCAGCCUGUUGCCUAUGAAGAACCCAAACACUGGUGUUCGAUUGUGUAUUACGAAUUGAACAAUCGUGUUGGGGAGGCCUUUCAUGCAUCUUCUACAAGUGUCUUAGUAGAUGGGUUUACAGAUCCCUCCAAUAAUAAAAACAGGUUCUGCUUAGGUUUGCUCUCAAAUGUUAAUCGCAACUCAACCAUUGAGAACACUAGACGACAUAUUGGGAAAGGAGUUCAUCUCUACUAUGUUGGUGGGGAAGUCUAUGCUGAGUGUUUAAGUGACAGCAGCAUAUUUGUACAGAGCAGGAACUGCAACUACCACCACGGCUUUCAUCCAACAACUGUAUGCAAGAUUCCUAGUGGAUGCAGCCUGAAAAUCUUUAACAAUCAGGAAUUUGCUCAGCUUUUAGCUCAGUCUGUCAACCAUGGAUUUGAAGCAGUGUAUGAGCUCACCAAAAUGUGCACCAUUCGAAUGAGUUUUGUAAAGGGGUGGGGAGCUGAGUAUCACCGACAAGAUGUCACGAGCACCCCGUGCUGGAUAGAAAUUCAUCUUCAUGGGCCCCUCCAGUGGCUGGAUAAAGUACUUACACAAAUGGGUUCUCCUCUUAAUCCCAUUUCAUCUGUUUCAUAGUGUUGAAAUUCCAUCUUCAGCCUUAUUUUUAGUGAACUUAUUCUAAUUCUAGAGAAAUUUCCAGCGUGGAUACUGUGAGCUAUAUGGAGAAUGGAUCUUAUGGUUUUACUUUCUUUUUUUUUUUUAAAUCCCUUUGUGACCAAUUCCAUUGUGUAUAGCUGAGCAGUUUUACAUUUCAAUUUGUUCUUGUGAUGCUUAAGUGACAGUUGAGCCCUAAGGGAAAAAAAAAAAAAAAAAAAAAAAAUCUAUUGGAAAAAUUCAGAACGCUUUUCCCCUCCUUGGAGUAGAAUUUAAACAGGCAUAUGUCUUAACUGGAAAUUAUUUUUUGUCCUGUAGGGGCAGAAUGAUGAAGACUGACUUCAGAAAAUAAAUACAUAUCAUAGUUCGUUGUUUUUUUUUAAUGUUUAUAAAAACGUUUGAACAUGUGCAGCUCCAGCUUGCAAGCUGUAUUUUUAGUGUAGUUGCUUAACAAAUUAAGUUUGACAUCUGUCAUAAAGAAAAUUAGGCUUUAUUAUGGCUAAUUUGCCUAAUUGAACAAUGUGACUUUCUUUAAAUGUACACAUGAAAUAUACUUUUUACAAAUGUCGGAGUGGUGUAAAAACACUUUGUCUAUUGGAAAAUGCUGUCAUAAACACAUUGUAUAUGAAUGCAGAAUAGCAGUUCUUAGUCUUUUCCCACUUCAGUUUUGUACUAUUGCUUUUAACCACCAUUUUAAAUAGUAACUGAUACAAGGUAAACAUCUUGCACGUUUCUGGAGUAGUGAUUUUUGUUUUUCUUUGACUUACACUCAUGCCAUUUGGAUGUGGUUGCCAAGGCCUAUUUCUUUUUAGGUACCCUGCUCUAUUUUAACAUAAACACUACUAGUAUUUGUAAAUGGCAGUGCCUUGCUAUUUUUUCGAAGGAGUAAGUUGUUUUUUUAAUUUUCUUUUUGGUGUUUUAGCUGUUUAUUUUGCCUGUCUGGAAUUGAUCUGUGUUAAGCCUUUUAAUCUCUCAGUAGUCAUUAUGCAGUAUUAGUGAUUACACUGUAUUUAAUUCACUUUCAGUAUGAGUUUGAGUCUCUUUGAAGGCUGCGAGUGGCUUAGCAAAUUAGUAAAUGAAUGCAGAAGCUCUUCCUUCCAGAUCAUGUAAUUUAAUACAGGCCUGUUGUUAAUGACCAAAAGCAAUCACUUCUUUUGUAGACUAACAGUGAUUCUUGAGCCUGUUCUUAGCGACAGGUGUUCGGUCAGAAUACUUGUAAUUGGCAGCUUUAUGGAAAUCAAGGACUGCAUUAGUAUGAAAUGUAUCUUUUUGUAAGGAAUUACGUUGCCUCUGCUGUUGUAUUACUCAAACACUGUACUAAACACUAAAAGAAAUCAGCUCAGUAACAUACGCGUAGUUUUUCCCCUGUAAAAGUAAAAACAAUUGAAGGAACAUUCUAAGAGAAUUAGAAGUGAGUUAUACAAAAUCCAUUUGCAUGCAGAAAAAGACCUACUGUUAGUUUUAACUCCUCCAUUUUCCUGGAUAUCUUUUCAGGACAGGGUGCAGUGUCUGGGGGAGAGACUGAAACCUCUGAAAUGCAAACACUUAUUAAAAGAUGUGCUGCAGUUAACUACUGCAAUCCUGAGAUGUUGAUUGCUUACACAACUUCUUUUGUCUUCUAUUGAAUGACAGUUUCUGCUCAAAUGUGGAAAUCAUGCAUUAUAUGGUACCUGAGUAAGAGGUCAUAAAGGAAAAAAACUGUUUACGUGUCAUUAAAAUGUUUCUUAUGAAAUGCCUUAAAGGAAUAAACUGUAACACUUCUGCAGAACCCUCAUGUUCUCUUGUACAGGUAUUUCUGUAGUACUUGGUGAUUUUUAUUGUUGGUUUGUUGUCUUUUUUUGUUGUUGUUCUUGUUGGUUGUUUCUUUUUUUAAAGCAAUUUCUUCAAUGUGUGUUAAAGCGAAUGUGCAUCUUCAGGAGAAGGGAGGAAAACAAUAUUUGCCACUCACUUCUGGGGUCUUCUCUUUCAUUCUUCGAAACAGCAACCCUGUUGACUGAAUAAGAUGCAAAGUCACUUGGCCACAGGAUCAGGCUUCCCAUUUUCCUCUCCCCGGGCCCGACUUCUAUCAAGUUGCUGAAUAUGUAUAUUUGACACUACGGAUAUUUUUCUUGACGAGCUUUUAAAAUGAAUGUCUUGGCACAUUGGAUCAAAGAAAGAUCUCAGUUGUAGGUACAAGCUUCUGCUUUAUCCAAAAUGUUUUUCACCCGGCUUCACCUCCGCUCACUUGUUUGGAUGCGGCUGACUAAAGGACUGAAGAAUGGGCGCUGGAAGUAGGUGUUUGCAAGUCAGAGCUGCUGUAUUGUGGUUAGAUUGGCUACCCAUGCAAUGAAGCAUAAUUUCUGCAGUGCUCUCUAGCUAACCCACUUCUGAUGCUGUCAUUAAGUAUUAAAGUACUCUGGCAUUUCUGUGCUUGUGUACAUACUCUUGAUCUGUAAUAUAUGCAGUGCUGAGGUUAUCCUUGCGGCUGCUGAUUUUGCCAGGGCAGGCUUGCAGGAGCAGACCAAGUAAACGAUUUGCCUACGCUCUGCUUUUCUGUUCUUUUUAAGUAGGACUUAUUUUUGAGAGCUUCUUGGUUGAUGUGCCUACUGGUUCAUGGUGUUCCUGAUCGCAUUUGGUUUGUCUGUGCUGCCGAUGGAAAGGUGAGAUAGUGCUGCAUGGAUAAGUUGGAUGAGAACUGUUUGACACUAAUUACGUUUUAAGUGUAGUGAUAACAGAGAUUGCUGCUUCUGUCGCAGCGUGCUUGUGUGUAAGUCACUUUAUCUAGAUGGAGGGAUGGAGAAAUGAAAUCAGCCAGUAGCGUGGUAGUGGAAGAUGAAGCAUUAUAUAUAGCCCAGCUUAGACUAAGUGUUGCUCUGCAGCAAAAACUGUUUUGGCUUUUAUAAGUGUAAGUAUUUUCUUCUUUUAAGGCCUGUUUCUACUUACAAUCAAACACAGCACUAAUUAACAGCUUUGACAAGACCAGCAAGGAGCCUGGAACAGGCAUACACUGAAGUUCUUUCUGGGUUUCCUUUCAUAGUCACUAAGAUAAGAUCUGAUCUUGGAUAUUCCUCCUCUGUGGGCAUCAGUCUUGCUGGCAGUCAGACCAGCGCCUUGUGGAAGUAUUGCAUUCGUUUCAUUACAUCAGACAUCAGAUAGUUACUCAUGGAGGGCUGGUGUUGGUUUAUCGUAUCUAUAGGACCAAAAUAAAGCUUCUAGUAUGGCUGACUGAUGAGAGACAAUUAACAAAACAUCCCAUUAACUGAAACAGUGACGGAGUGGCCUACACACUGAUUCUGUGUAGAGCUGUUUAAAAUACUGGAAUGCUUUCAUUUUUUGCAUGAAGCUAUGGCUUUUUUUUCCCACAGUAUUACAGUGUGUAAGUUGUCAGUUGGGCAGAUACUCUUAGAGUGUACAUCCAGACAGACAUUGAAAUAUUUCAAGCUUUCCCUUUAGUUUGAAAUGUUUUGGGGUUUUUUUGUAUAUUGUUUUAGUUAUCCAAAGUACAGCUAGUGAUGGUCUUAAAACAACAAAGCAGUUUCUAAACGUUUUGCUUCAGAAGACAAAUGUGACUUUUUGUGGUUGUGAAGUUGCUGUUUAGGAAGGAAACCCAUCCUGAAUUCGAAUCAAUAGACCAAACCAUCAGAUCACAACGUUAACUUGCUUUAUUGUGCUGCUCCAUAAGCCUGCUUCUGUGUUUGUUGCAAGCAUAACCUUUAUGCUUUUGUUUACAUUGUAGGAAACACAGUUCUAGUGAUGAGGUUUUUCAUUUAACUCUAAACAUCUUUUUAUUUUGUUAAUUUUAAAAUUACUAGGUUUUGCUAUGUUAUGUUUUUAAAGAUUUUUUUUUUUUUGCAUUCUGCUGCUCGUAUUUCAAUAAACAUACAAAAAAAAACCAA